GGUCCCUUUUCAGCCUGGAGCUGGGGCCAGAGUUUAUGGCACAUGUGGUGCUGGUACUGACCAGUUCAUCAACAGCCACUGGUACUUGAUACAUGUUCUCACACUUGCCAUUGCAGGAAGGCAUAGCAAGCAUAUCACCAGACUGGCUUUGCCAGGCCCAAGGAUAACCCACACCCUGGACACGUCUGACACCAUUUAGCCCACUGCACUGCACUCAUGGGGAGGACUUUAUACAGCUCUAUAUGACACAGCUCUACAGCUCCCCUGUUUUACACCCAGAGGAACUCUUGAAACAGCUGAAGCUUGUCAUCCCACAUUAGUGACGCACACAGUUGACUGGCUGCCAGAGAAAGAAAGCUCAAGAGACUCCGAAAAAGAAGAAGAGGAUUUAAGUUCGUAAUUGUCUUCAUGAAUGCGUGAAGUGGAGCCACAGGGAAUUGAUUUAAAGUACAGGAUCGUAUUAUUUCCACGUAGGAUUUUGCAAUUCCAUGUGAUUCGUGGAGUUCAAUACCGUGCCUGGUGCCCCAUGGGUGUCUUGUGGGUGCAAUUGCUGGCUUUCUUCUUGGGCGUUUUGGGUCUGCUGGGGACAGUGGUGGCCACACUCAUGCCACAGUGGCGCCGCACAGCGUUCGUUGGCUCAAACAUAAUCACCGCCGCGUGUUACAUGAAGGGCCUGUGGAUGGACUGUGUGUGGCACAGCACGGGGAUUUACCAGUGCGAGCCACACCGCUCCAUGCUGGCUCUGUCCCAGGACCUCCAAGCCGCCCGGGCGCUCAUGGUCCUCUCUUGCGUCACCUCCGUCCUGGCCAUAGCACUGGCCACCGUGGGCAUGAAGUGCACGCACUGUGCGGAGGGCCGGAGCGGUAAGCACUCCAUGGCCAGGUGUGGCGGCGGAGGGGGAUUCCUCUCUGCGGGACUCUGCUGCCUCGUCGUCAUGUGUUGGACCACGACCAACGCCAUCCGAGAUUUCCACAACCCCCAGCUGGCCAUCAGCAUGAAGUAUGAGAUCGGCUGGUCCGUCUACAUCGGGUUUGUCUCCGGCUCGCUCAGUGUUGUUGGUGGUGUUGUGCUUUGUUCGACCCAUGAGAAAUCCUCCCGCCUGCCCAGACGUCCAUGCACCCUCAAUGGUUUGCCUCCCGCUGCAGCGCCCACCUACCAGCGCCAUGCCGCCUACAAUGGCAACCACACCCCCUCCCCCACUUCCGUUUCCAGUAGUGGCUACAGACUGAACGAUUAUGUUUGAACCAGGGCUUUGAACCGUUAUUUUUUUCCAAACGUUCCGUUCCGAACAGAAAUGGAAUUAUAACGUUUCCGGUUAUGAGUUCCACCAAUAAAUUGACGUCCCCGAACCGGUUAGAGCAAAAAAAUACUGUUCCCGGAACGGUUCAUUUCGUUCCUGUCA